GAAUCGAAGAUUGCGGAUGGUCCCUGAUUCCUCGAGAGGCUCAUCUAGACAACGCGUGAGUAUCUCGAUUUCCAAUAAAGGGUAUCCCAUAGAAUGAUCGAAACUUUCAAAUCACUGGCAAGCAAUUCAUCGAGAUGCCUCGCAAAACUGCCAAAGGCGCGUCGGCAAAUGAUGUUCCUCUCCGUCAAAUCAUCUUUUCUCAACCCCUCUCAGCUUACAACAUCCCACUCAUAAAACACAUACUCUCCAUAUUCUAUCAACAAAGCACUUUCAGACAGCGCGAGCCACGAAUUAGUCUCCUACAUAAGCUCGCGCGUGUUGAAUCAAGUCGAACAGACAAAGAGAGAAAUGCUGUAGCUCAGCUUCUUCGUCUCAAUAUACCCAUCACUAGAGCUGCUGUGAAAGUAGGACCUCAUGAUGAAGACGUGGAUAGAGAGCUUCUGGGGGUGGAAGAUGGUACGGACUGUGAAGUUUGUUUGCGAACUUUACCCCUAGAAAGCUUUCCUCAACAGGAUUUCGGAAGCAAAUGCAACCAUAAAGCAGAUAUAUGUGCAUCGUGUCUGGAACAAGCUAUUACGGUAAACGUAAAGAGCAAUUCCUGGAACAAUGUACCUUGUCCAUACUCCAGUUGUGAAAGGAUGUUGGAAUCGAGUGUUGUGAGGAAGUAUCUCAAAGGGCAGCUACUUGAGAAGUAUAACUCCUCAAAAGACCAGCCGCUGUUUAGGAAGCUAAUCUCACAAAGUUAUAACAACUACGUCGAAAAAUUAAAGAUCCACAACCUGCCAAAUUUUCGAUGGUGUUUAAAUACAGAAUGUGUUUCUGGUCAAGUCCACAACGAGGAAGUGGAAAAUUUGAGAGUUAUAUGUCGUGCUUGUCAAUCCGAAAGCUGCUUCCUUCAUCAGAUCCCACGAGGCGAGGGAAAGAAGUGCGUGGCUUGCGAUAAUGCUGUUUCUCGCCUUGAGGAAAUCGCAAAAACUCUUAGGGUUACGAAACCGUGUCCAAGAUGCAAAGUACUGACCAUCAUGGAUCCACUUGAAUGUGGCAAAGCAUAUUGUAGUUGUGGAUACUUCUGGGAGAAUUUUUGCACAGGUCAUUGAGACUAGUUUACUAUACCUCAGACCUACCUCUUUAUGGCUGAAAAUGACGAGGAAAUGUGAUAUUCCAUCUAAGGUCACUUUAUCAAUUAUUCAGUACCUGUGGAGCAAUAACGUGGCUUGAAAUUCGAAGUUUCAUGACUAGGUAUCGCUGGGUCUACAAUCAAAAGGAAAGAUUCACCUUACAUGUUUGUUGUACAAGAAAAGUGACGUAGAUUUGACUAGCUCUAAUACCCAAAUGUGCAUGCUAGAAUUUAUCCAAUCGGCUUCGGUAGCACA